AUGUUCGCUAGGUUGCACGGAAAGAAACAAAGGCCAAUUUCUUCCAUCAAUUCACAAACUCCAAGGACUAGCAACACUACUCAUGCAAAUAGCAUAUCCUUAUCAUCGGGUAAUUUGAUAGUGGGUUCAAAUAAAAAUUUAAGAGCAAGAAAAGACCAAUUGAGCCUUCAACAAAGGACCUCCAAUAGAAACCCCAUCUCGGAUAACAAAAACAAUGAUAAUAUCAAUAAUGAUGAUAACAACUACGAUAAUGGAGAACAGCCUCAUCGCCAUCACACUUCAGGACUGAAAAUAAGAACACACCAAGCUGAACUUGGCUAUCAUGAAUCUCGAUUUUCAGAGAACUUAGUAAUGUUAAACCUGAUCGAAUUUCCAGAUAUAAAGCCAGGAAAUUUGGUAGAAUUGAAAACUUAUCAUAAUAGUCCAUCUCAAUCAAACAAAGACAAGAAAGUUUAUUUUAUUGCCAAAGAUUUUGACCAAGAGACCAAGAGAAGGGCAAAGACGUCCAAUGUUUCCGUACUUUCAGGCCAGUUACAAACCCUACUAGAUUUGCCUUCCAGAUCUAGAAUAUGGAUAAAAUUGAAGCCAGAUAAAACAGACUUACAGGCGGACGUGGUGGAGUUCAAUAUCAAGGACUGCCUAUUAAAUAGAGGGGAUAUGUGGAUUUUAUCCUCUAAACUGGUUGACACAUGUGUAUUUAUGAACCAAAGACUAGCAUUUCUAGACUCUAUCAGAGGUACAAUUAAGGGAAUUUACCGAAAUGGUAAGAAAAUUUUCUCUGGGUAUAUCGCCGAACAAACAAGAAUAAUUUUCAGAUCCGAAUCUGCUAGGCUCAUUUUCUUAAUUCAGAUCACUGAUGAAAUGUGGAAUUUUGAAGAAACCGGUGAGCAAUUAUUUCAGAAGAUGGUCAAUUCAUUUUUCCCGAAGAUUUUCAAAAAAUGGAAAGAUAUAGAUACUCACCAUACUAUUACAAUAGCAUUCGCUAUAUCAAUGGAUUUAUCUGAUACUUCUUUUAAGGAAUUGAAGCCUGGCGAAUCUUUGAAGAAUUCACAAGAUUACUUCAGAAUAGUUGUGGACCAAGUCAGUAUUAUCCAUUGGGUUGAUAUUAUGGAAACUCUAAGGAAGGAAUUUAUGGAAAUUAGGAAGGAUUUAUUAAAUAAGGAAACGGAUAAGGGUUAUAGUAUAGCUAAUGGAAGAUUUUCACCCGUAAUUAAAUCGAACUUUCUUGAAUUGGUCAAUUUCGCAACGACAAUCCUAACUGAUCCUUUUAAACAAUUAGAUCUAAGACAUACCACUACACACGUGAUGAUAAUCUCGCCUGGAUCGGGGUUAUUUGAUGUAGAUUACAGUUUAUUAAGGUUAACAGGGAAAAAGUUAUUAUCUCUUGAAAUGACCAUGGAUUUAAUUUGUCUUUCAAAGGCUCCAUUACACAUUGUACCUCUCUUUAGGUACCGAGACUUCGAGAACAAACUUCAUCAUUGCGUACCGCUUUGGUUAAGCGUUUUCUUUUGGAACGAUCAUGCGAAAAAGGGUAAAUCAGAAUGGACCCCAAGAUGUAAAAUUUAUGAUUUACAAAUGAUGGGGAUUACAGAAAAUGAGCUUAUUCAGGAAGUAGAUGUUGGAUAUCUACAACCGAACAAGAAAGUUAAAUCGCUAUCACAAUUUAUGAAUGACUAUGACGGGAAUGUCUUCCAGGUAGAAAUUUUACCCGUUAACUCUAAUAAGAAACUCUCUAACAAGUUAAAUUCGAAGUUUGAUACCGUGUUUGAAGAUGAUGUUAUUGUAAAAGCGCAUAGAAUUCCGGCAACAGCAACAACUACACACGGCAAUACUAAAUUUAUCUGGAAGGCUCCAAAAUUUGCCAUUCCAGUCAUAAAAGACGUUCAAAAACCAAACGUAAUACCAGAUUUAUCAAUAAAAACGAUAGAUGCGUCUACUUACGAUGACCUUAAUACUAGAAAUGAUAAAAUUAGCGCUUCUAUCACUUCUUACCACGACAAUGUCGAAAUGAAUGACUCACUGGUCUCUGUGAGAUCUACUGAUAAUCAAAAUACAUCUUUAGCGCUGGAUUCGCUAAAAGGACUAAGUAAAAGAAAUUCAUUAAAAGAUUUUACUCAAAGAGUUAUAACAAAAUUUAUUUCCAAUAUGGACGUAAAUAAAAAUAAGGAAUUGAAAGCUGCAAUAGUUAAAGAUGAUUCAAAUAGCUUGCUUAUGGAUGCUAAUACGUCAGCACUGCAAUCGUCUGAUAGUAAGAUAGGUAGCAUACGGUUACAAAAUAAGGGCCUCAUGGAUGAUAACAUUAUGAAUAAUCGUGGAAAUCUAAUAAUCAAGAAAAACCUGUCCAUUUUUGGGUUGCAUGAUAAGGAAACCAUAGGUGGCUCACCCUCUUCAUAUUUAGGUUCAUCGCAUACCAGAACGUCCUCAAAAUUUUCCACUAUGUCCGACAAAGUUGCGUUCAUUACGGAGGGCCAAAAAUUAAAAUCUGGCAGUGCGAACACUUACAGCUUCUUUAGGCAUCCUAUAAAUGAAACUUGGUUGGAUAUAAAAAGCCCUUCAAUUCCUGUCAGUAACGAGUUUGCCAACGAAUUCUUGCCUAUUCGUUGGAAAGAUGUAUGGCCAAAAUAUGUCGCCAAAAAGUAUAGUAAGUGGAGAUCUUUCACGACUCCAGCAGAAUUACCAAUUACAAUUUCUGAUUUCCCUUCUAAGGACGAUUUUGAAAGGAAUUUCAUUUUUAGAAACCAUUCAGUGACUUUGAACACCGAUCGAGAACAAUAUAAUCAAACUUACAAAGAUCUACUGGCCGAUAUGAUUUAUAUGCGAUUGUUAACUGGUUUUCAGAUCUGCGUGGGUGAGCAGGUAGAGAAAAUAGAAUUAUCCAGGGAAAAUGACGAAAGUGAAACGGUGGUCAAUAAGUACUUGGACUUCAAUAAAUACAGUACCUUCAAGCUUUAUCUAAUGAUCGACUCUGAAAUCCAUAGAAUAACAUGCGGAUCGGGUGGCAUUAUUGAUGUUGAGAGAUACUUGAGGAAGGACGAAACGAGCUUCUUUGAUCAAGUUCCUAGCUACAUUCCAUUAGUUAAGACGAGGUAUGAGAGUUCAUUCCGUGAUGCAAUGAUUGACCCACUGCAUGUUAAAAGAGAAUCUUUAAAUUGGAACCAAAUUGACCAGGUUCUGGCAGGUUAUGGCGAUUACUUAAUUGACAGGAAAUGGCACGGAUUUAGGGCUAAAUAUGUGGUGUUGCCAACAGAUAUUCCUCCAAAUACUUAUUCCAUGGUAAUCAAUGGCAAGAAUGAAACCUUGAACCCUGAAGAAAUUCGAGUUGAAGGGUUGCGGAGAUUAAUUGGCUCAAUUACCAGGGCAAGACUAAGAACGGAAAAAGAAAAGCGAAUAAAAAAGAGUAAGAGAGAAGAAAUACAGCCUGAAGUUAUAUUCUACACAGGUCCACUCUACAAUUUCAUCAAUGAACAACAAACAUCUCUAGAAAGUUCUGCUAUAAAUUUCAAAGAUUCCAUUUUUGUCAACGACAGUAACCUUUUGAAUAAAAACGUAGAAUUAUCGAAGUUAGCGUAUCAAAUUCAACAUGGUGAAAACCGAAUAACAUUGGUUAACAGAAAAUGGCACUGGAAAAAGCAUGAAAAGUGCUUUGUGGGUUCAGAGAUGGUUAACUGGUUGAUAAGAAACUACUCUGAUAUUGAUACACGAGAGGAUGCGAUCAAAUACGGACAAAAAAUAAUGAAAGAAGGAUUAUUCGUUCACGUUUUGAAUAAACACAGUUUUUUAGACGGACAUUAUUUCUAUCAAUUCUCACCUGAAUACGUAAUGGACACUAACAGGCUGGAAAAAACAAGUUCUCAUCGCUCUACGUCGUCCGAUGCGAAACAAAUGUUGAGGAAAGCAUCUACCGGCAGCUCAAAUGACCCGGGAGGUAUCACACCGUUCUCUACGGUAGUACCUGCUAUGAGUGCUUCCAGCGCAUCGGUUACUGACACUAAAGAACCGUCACGUCCGAUUUUAAUGCUGAGUAAUUCUCUCGUUAUUGAUGUCGAUCCCGCUGGCAAAUCCUCAAAGCAAGAAUCAUGUACUGUGCAUUAUGAUAGGGUUCACAAUCCGGAUCAUUGUUUCCAUAUCAGAUUGGAAUGGUUGACGACGACCCCUAAACUGAUUGAUGAUUUAGUUGGGAACUGGUCCAGAUUGUGUGAAAGGUACGGUUUGAAAAUGAUUGAAAUUCCUUGGGAGGAACUUUGUACGAUUCCGUCAGUUAACCCAUUCCAUUCUUUUGUUGAGAUUAAGUUAGCUAUUAAUCCUUGGGAAGAUCCUGAAUUCAAAGAUAGAGAACUUUUUGCCAGAAGUAAAUUUUAUUAUCAUGUUUAUCUUCUAAAGGCAUCCGGAUUUUUAUUAGACAACAGAGCAUCCAAAUUUUUACAGAGCCAGGAUAUAGAGUUUGAUAUCAUGUAUUCAUGGGGUAAACCACAGUUCAAAUAUGUUCAAUAUAUCCACCACACCGGUGCUUACGUUGCAGAACUGAGAGAAAACGGCUGUCUAUUUUUAGCCCCUAACAACGUUUACAUAUCCAGAGUAAAUCCAGGAAACAUAGUCGGUAAAAUUCACUCCUCUACAAGCCCCUCAUUAGACGCUCAGAAAGUGAUUUUAGAUUUCAAAUCAACUUGUUUAGACUACCAGAAAUUAAGAUCAAUCUUUUUAGAUGCGAAAGAGAUGUGGGUUAGCGGGAAAAUUGUAGAGGACUGA